CAGCCCGGCAGCGACGGCGACAGCAGGAGCUUCCGAGUGAACCUGCACUGCAAACACCCCCGGAACAGAGAGCUCAAGUGCAAUAGCAGGAGCAGCAGCAAAGCCGAGGGUCCUGGUGUCACCUUCCCUGACCCCCAUGUCAGCAACUGCUCGGCCAAGCGGCACGCGGGGGAGGAGGAGGUCAGGAUGCGCGUGAAGCCCCCGGGCCCAGUGGUAACGACCAGCGUUGUGCGUGGCUCGCCCGACUACGUCCGAGAGCCCAAAUUCUACCCGCCGGGACACCCGGUGCAGCGGCCCCCAGCCUGCCCGGCCGAGAAGGCGUUGUCCUGCAGCGUGCUCAGCUUCCCUGAGGGCUCCUGCCCCGCGCUCGGCCGGGAGCACCAGGCAGGCUCGCUGCUGCACGGCGACCCGGCCGACCGCUGCCAGAGCGUCCACGGCGGCACCAAGGCGGCCGAGGACCUGCUGGGCUGCGCCGGGGAGCCCCGGAUCCUGGGGGGCAGCGCGGAGGAGGCAUCGACCCGCGAUCGGGCACCCAAAACCUUCCCCAACGCGACACUGGCCUCGGGCCGCUGCAACGUAGACAGCAUCCUCGCCUUGCUCCGCAGCAAGUGCGGCAACGGGCACAUCAACCUCCACCCUGUGGUGCAGCUCAUCGACAUCAUGAAGGACCUCAACCGCCUCUCCGAGGACCUCAAGAACAGCGGGGUGCACCUGGACUGUGGCAGCCUCCGUGGUGGCGGCGGGGCUCACGAGGACAGCCGCCUCCUGCCCGCUGACCGGGACCUCCAGUACAGCUUCUUCUCCUCGCCCUCCCUGGCCAACAGCAUCCGCAGCCCCGAGGAGCGGGGGGUGCUCCUCAAAUCCGACCCGUCGCGGCAUCCCCGGCCCCCGGCGCGUGAUGGAGAGGCUGAGGGAGGCGGGGGGAGCGCCCCGCAGCCCCCAGGACACAGUGUGGGUGUGGGGGAUGUCUCCAAAGCUCCGGCGGAGGAAGCCGGCUGCUCCCAGCCCGAUGCCAGCGAUUACUCGGAGCUGGCCGAGGCGGACAUCCUGAACGAGCUGGCCUCCCUGGCGUGCCCGGGGACGCAGCUGCUGGAGUCGCAGGCGAUGGAGCCGCAGCCCCAGUUGCUGCCACCGCUCUCUGAGUCGCUGGAGCUGCAGUCGCUGGAGCCUCUGUCCGAAUCGCUGGAGCUGCAGUCUCUGGAGCCGCUGGCGGAGCCUCUGGGGCUGCAGACCCUGGAGCCGCUGCCCGGAGCGCUGGAGCCCCCGCUGCUGCCCGCCGAGCCCUCGCUGCUGGAGCCGCAGCCGCUGGGAACCGUCUCGGAGCUGCUGGAGGCACAGCCGGGCGCUGGGGACCCUCUGCGGCCCCACGGGCUGCAGCCGCGCCUCGGGGGGUGUCCCCUGAGCACGAUGGUGAAGCGGGGUCCCUGCGGGGGCCGGGGGGCCGGGCGGUGUGGGGAAGACCACCGCAAGUACGCCCUGCGCCGGACAGACAAGCCAAAGAUGCUGUGCCGCAGGAGGAGGGCGGGGCGGGGGCGCCGGGUGGACAUCACCCCUGAGAGCCGCGUCCUGUCCCCCCUCGCCCUGCCCGCCGAGAUGCCCCCCGGGCCCGAGGAGCCCGACACCCCAGUGCCGAGCCCCCCACCGCCACCGCCCCCCGCCACGCUGGACCCCGACGAGAUGCCCAAAGCCCCCGCGGCGGGGAAGAAGAGCAAGUGCCGGGGCGUGAGGAAGAUGGUGGUGAAGAUGGCCAAGAUCCCCGUGUCCCUGGGGAGGAGGAACAAGACCACCUACAAGGUGUCGUCGCUCAGCAGCAACUUGAACCUGGAGGGGAAGGAGCUGGCAGCCAGCAGCUCCAUGGAGCCCACGCCGCUGCUCAAGAUGAAGAACAAUGGGCGCAACGUGGUCGUGGUGUUCCCCCCCGGCGAGAUGCCCAUCAUCCUGAAGCGCAAGCGGGGCCGGCCUCCCAAAAACCUGCUGCUGGGCCAAGCCAAACCCAAGGAGCCCACCCCGGAAGUGAAGAAGAGGAGGAGGAGGAAGCAGAAGCUGGCCUCGCCCCAGCCCUCCUACAUCGCGGACACCAACGACAGCAAAGCCGACUACUCGGACGUGUUGGCUAAGCUGGCCUUCCUCAACCGGCAGAGCCAGUGCUCGGGGCGCUGCUCGCCGCCCCGCUGCUGGACCCCCAGCGAGCCCGAGUCCAUCCACCAAGCCCCCGACACCCAGAGCAUCUCCCACUUUCUGCACCGCGUCCAGGGCUUCCGCCGGCGCGGCGGCAAGGCGGGCGGCUUCGGGGGGCGCGGAGGGGGCCACGCUGCCCGCGCCGCACGCUGCUCCUUCAGCGAUUUCUUCGAGGGCAUCGGGAAGAAGAAGAAAGCGCCCAGCGCCCUGCACGCUGACCCCGUGCACCCCCGCAAGCGCGGCCGCCUGGAGCCCGACCCCGUGGGCAAACCCAAGAGGAAGCGACGGGCGCGCAAGAACGGGGCGCUGUUCCCCGAACCCAGCUCCGGGCAGAGCUUCGGGGACGGCCCCGCCGCUGAGUGGGGCGGGGGGGAGAAGGGCAGCCCCUGGGCCCCCCACCACGGCCACCCCGGCGGCCAGGCCGGACGCAGCGGUGGCUACCAAGGGGCCGAGGCGAGGCCGUUCCACGCUGCGGGGCUGGAGUCGGGCUCCUCCGGCCGCGCUGGGUUCUACGCCAGCAGCGCUCCGUCCUCGCAGACGGACACCGGGCCGGAGCGGCACAGCCUCUUCACCGGCUACUUCCGCUCCUUGCUGGACUCGGAUGACUCCUCCGACCUGCUGGACUUCGCCCUCUCCGCGUCCCGCUCCGAGUCCCGUAAAUCGGCGGCCGCCUACACGGCCCCGCCGGCCGCGCUGCCCGGCCAGCGGGGCAUGGCUGCGUACUCAGCCCGCGGGGGCAAAGUGCCGGCGGCCAGCCCGGCUGCCGAGGCCGCUUUCCACGCGGCCAUGCAGGGUAGGCCGGCGUUCCCGCCCGGCCGUGCCUCCAGCGGCUACGGGGUGAGCCAAGGCUCGUCAGAGUGCCGGGGCACCGAGUCCUUCCCCAAACUGGCCCCGCCAUCGGCCGUGUCCCGCUCGCCCACGGCUCACCCGGCGGCCAGCGGCACCCCUGGCUACUCGCCCUACGGCAGCUACGGCAGCGCCGGGCAGAGCGUGGCGCCCGCCAGCGUGUUCCCACCAGGAAAGCAGUACCCAUCAGCACAGGACUGCCCCAACAGCAAGGACUGCAGCUUCGCCUACGGCAGCGGCAGCAGCCUCCCGUCCUCGCCCAGCAGUGCCCACAGUGCCGGCUACGCGCCACCGACAGCUGCUCCCAGUUUGCCACUGGGAAAAGCCGCCUUCUUCAACAGUGCCGAGCAGGGGGGACAGUUCUCCAGCGCCGCGCACACGCCCCUGCGCUGCGACAGCCGGGCCAGCACCGUCUCGCCCGGCGGCUACAUGGUGCCCAAGGGCUCAGCAUCCUUCCAGCCCUCACCUGAAAACUGCCGGCAGUUCCCCAGCGCCGCGCCCUGGGCCUUCCGGCAAGGCUAUGGCGGGUUGGACUGGAGCUCGGAAGCCUUCAGCCAGCUCUACAACCCGGGCUUCGAGUGCCACCUCAACGAACCCAAUGUCAUCCUGGACAUCUCCAACUACACCCCGCAGAAAGCCAAGCAGCAGACGGUGUCCGAGACCUUCUCCGAGUCCUCCUCCGACAGCACCCAGUUCAACCAGCCGGCUGGUUACCGGCGCGCCAACAGCGAGGCGUCCUCCAGCGAGGGCCAGUCCAGCCUCUCCAGCCUGGAGAAGCUGAUGAUGGACUGGAACGAGGCAUCCUCUGCCCCUGGCUACAACUGGAACCAGAGCGUCCUCUUCCAGAGUAACUCUAAGCCCGGUCGAGGCAGACGGAAGAAGGUGGAUAUGUUCGACACCUCCCACCUGAGUUUCUCCUCCUCUUCCUCUUCUUCCUCCGUGUACCCCUCCAAGAGGAACACGGGACCCCGGCAGCCCCGGGGUUCCCGAGGGGCUUGUGCCUCCAAGAAGGAGAGGGGGACGGGCAAAGCCAAGUUCCCCACCAAGUCACAGGCAGUGAACCCCCUCUUCCAGGAGAGCACGGACCUGGGCUUGGACUACUACAGCGGGGACAGCAGCAUGUCCCCCCUGCCCUCCCAGUCCCGGGGCUUCGGGGUGGGGGAGCGGGACCCCUGUGACUACACCGGCCCCUACUCCAUGAACCCCUCCACCCCCUCGGACGGGACCUUUGUCCAGGGGUUCCAGAGCGACUCCCCCGGUUUGGGGCAGCCAGAUUUGGAGAGCAAGCACUUCCCUGCCCUCCCGCACCAGCUGGCGGCCCCCGGCCAGCAGACUGUGUUCGAGGCCGGUUUGCAGAAAGCCUUCUCGCCCAACUGCUCCCCGACCUUGGCCUUCAAGGAGGACCUCCGGGCAGGCAGCAUCCGAAAGCUGCCGGCCUGCGACUCGCUCAAACACAGCAUGCAGGGAGGGGCUCUGCCGCACGCCCCGCACCUGGCGUGCCGCGACCUCCCCAUGCCUCAAGCGCACUACGACUCCCCCAGCUGCAAAAAUCCCCCGUACUGGUAUUCCCCCAACGCCAGCACCCGCAGCCCCUCGUACGACGGCAAGGCGGGGGCCGGGAUGCUGGUAGACUUCAUGGGCAGGACGGACCCCCCGUGUCUGAACCCCCACUUGAGCAGCCCGAGCGGCACCCACCCCUCCAAGGGCGAGAAGGAGCCCUUGGAGAUGUCCCGGGCUCACCACCGAGGACCCUACGCUUGUCCCUUGAUCAAUGACUUGAACAUCUCCCCCGUACCAAGAGACUCAAUGUUGCAGCUGCAGGACAACUACAGGUACCCCAGUUUUGCACCCCAAGGGCACCCCGUCAUGGCCCCCACCCAGAAGAGCGGGUUUUUGGGACCCAUGGUAGAGCAACAACACCCUGAGGACACUUUUACGGUCACCUCAUUGUAGUGUCUGCUGACGUGCCAACCGGACAACGAGGUUUUGUUACAGGAGGUAAUUUAGCCAGCACUUUUUUCUGGAACACUUUUCAAGUUCUGUAUUUAACUGGGAUUGGAACCGUUUGUUUGUUUUCUAAAAAAAAAAA